CGGAUCUUAGAUACUCUGAGAACCCACUACUGUGUAAUCCUACCUAUGAAAUCAUGUGCUGACAGCCCCAAAGGGAGCGUAAACCAGGGACUCUGAUAUCAUGCAGCAGAAGAGCAAAUUAUUUCUCCAGGCUUUGAAGUAUAGUAUUCCUCACCUUGGGAAAUGCAUGCAGAAACAGCACUUGAAUCACUGUAACUUCGCUGAUCAUUAUUACAAUAGAAUAAAAUUGAAAAAAUAUCACCUAACCAAGUGUCUGCAGAAUAAACCCACGAUAUCAGAGUUAGCAAGAAACAUCCCAAGUCGGAGCUUCUCAAGUAAGGAUUUUCUGCCUAUUAAACAAGAAAACGAAAAAUCACUUUCAGAAAACAUGGAUGCGUUUGAAAAAGUGAGAACAAAAUUAGAAACACAACCACAAGAAGAAUACGAAAUCAUCAAUGCAGAGGUUAAGCAUGGUGGUUUCGUUUAUUAUCAAGAAGGUUGCUGCUUGGUUCGUUCCAAAGACGAAGAAGCAGAUAAUGAUAAUUACGAAGUUUUAUUCAAUUUGGAGGAACUUAAAUUAGACCAGCCCUUCAUUGAUUGUAUCAGAGUUGCUCCCGAUGAAAAAUAUGUAGCUGCUAAGAUAAGAACUGAAGAUUCUGAAGCAUCUACCUGUAUAGUUGUGAAGCUCAGUGAUCAGCCUGUAAUGGAAGCCUCUUUCCCAAACGUGUCCAGUUUUGAAUGGGUAAAGGAUGAAGAAGAGGAAGAUGUCCUAUUCUACACUUUCCAGAGGAACCUUCGCUGUCAUGAUGUGUAUCGAGCAACUUUUGGUGAUAACAAACGUAAUGAACGUUUUUACACAGAAAAAGACCCAAGCUAUUUUGUUUUCCUGUAUCUUACAAAAGACAGUCGUUUCCUCACCAUAAAUAUUAUGAACAAGACUACUUCUGAAGUAUGGUUGAUAGAUGGCCUAAGCCCUUGGGAUCCACCAGUACUUAUCCAGAAGAGAAUACAUGGAGUCCUUUACUACGUUGAACACAGAGAUGAUGAAUUAUACAUUCUCACUAAUGUUGGCGAGCCUACAGAAUUCAAGCUCAUGAGAACAGCAGCUGAUACCCCUGCUAUUAUGAACUGGGAUUUAUUUUUCACAAUGAAGAGAAAUACUAAAGUUGUAGACUUGGACAUGUUUAAGGAUCACUGCGUCCUAUUCCUGAAGCACAGCAAUCUACUUUACGUUAAUGUGAUUGGUCUGGCUGAUGAUUCAGUUCGGUCCCUAAAGCUCCCUCCUUGGGCCUGUGGAUUCAUAAUGGAUACAAAUUCAGACCCGAAGAACUGCCCCUUUCAGCUUUGCUCUCCAAUACGUCCCCCAAAAUAUUACACGUACAAGUUUGCAGAGGGCAAACUGUUUGAGGAAACUGGGCAUGAAGACCCAAUCACAAAGACUAGUCGUGUUUUACGUCUGGAAGCCAAAAGCAAGGAUGGAAAAUCAGUGCCAAUGACCAUUUUCCACAAAACGGAUUCUGAGGACUUACAAAAGAAACCUCUCCUGGUACAUGUAUAUGGAGCUUAUGGAAUGGAUUUAAAAAUGAAUUUCAGACCUGAAAGGCGGGUGUUGGUAGACGAUGGAUGGAUAUUAGCAUAUUGCCAUGUUCGAGGUGGUGGUGAGUUAGGCCUCCAGUGGCACGCUGAUGGCCGGCUAACUAAAAAACUCAAUGGCCUUGCUGACUUAGAGGCUUGCAUUAAGACGCUUCAUGGCCAAGGCUUUUCUCAGCCAAGUCUAACAACCCUGACUGCUUUCAGUGCUGGAGGGGUGCUUGUGGGAGCAUUGUGUAAUUCUAAUCCAGAGCUGCUGAGAGCUGUGACUUUGGAGGCACCUUUCUUGGAUGUUCUCAACACCAUGAUGGACACUACACUUCCUCUGACAUUAGAAGAAUUAGAAGAAUGGGGGAAUCCUUCAUCUGAUGAAAAACACAAGAGCUACAUAAAACGUUACUGUCCCUAUCAAAAUAUUAAACCACAGCAUUAUCCUUCCAUUCAUAUCACGGCUUAUGAAAACGAUGAGCGUGUACCUCUGAAAGGAAUUGUAAACUAUACUGAGAAACUCAAGGAAGCCAUUAUGGAGCAUGCUAAGGACACUGGUGAAGGCUAUCAGGCCCCCAAUGUUGUGUUAGAUAUUCAGCCUGGAGGCAAUCAUGUGAUUGAGGAUUCUCACAAAAAGAUCACAGCCCAAAUUAAAUUCUUGUACGAGGAACUUGGACUUGACAGCACCAGUGUUUUUGAGAAUCUUAAGAAGUACCUAAAAUUCUGAAAUGCUGCAUUCCAGGGGAAUUGGAAACACACUGAAAUAUUUCAUAGUCUUAUUUCCAAUUGGGUAAGCAAAAGUGAGAUUUUUUUUUAAGUUAGUAAUUUUUUAAAAUUUGCUUCUCCAUCCAAAUUUUGUCUAGUGUACAUCUCACUUGCUUAUACUGUUCUCUCCAUUGGUGCACAUGCCCCUUAACCUAAGAAAGUAGUUUUCAAACCAUAGGUUUUCAAACCAUGUCCCUCAGAAGGACAUGGACUUGGGGGUGAAGGAAGGAUUGGUGACAGCACAACUCUCCCCCCGCUCCUUCAGAACAGCUUUGUUUUUGUCUGUUCUAUUUUCUUUGAAAAGUUUACAAAUCAAGGUCCUGCCUCUUUGCUAGUGAACGUUUUUAGACACUUCAGCAGUAAGUCAUCCUCCAGUUGCUAUGCCAGUAUUUUAUGAAAAAAGAUAACAUUCUUCACAUUAGAAUUCACCAGAUCUUUCUAACAAUGGAGUCCUAAGGUGUUCCGAUCAUCUCU